CAAUGGUCCGCCUUGUCACAAGGCAGCUAGCCAUGUCUCUACCAUAGAUGAAGCUACUCUAAGGGCUGGCACAUAUAACUACGUCCUGGCGUCCCAGAAUUCAUUUUGAAGCAUUAAGUCUGCACGUUAAGAGGAAAUUCCAUUCUCUUCGUGGCCAGUUUGGAUGAUGCAGUUACACUGGAAAUGAAUGAAUCUAUCAAACGAGCGCAUCGAAAACAAUUCUUAAGAAAUCACCACAGAUUCAGCAGUCCGUUUUCUGCGGGAGCUGAGUCAAACGCUGGAAAACAACCUAUCCAGCGAUCAUUCAGUAGCUCUCUAUCCAAAGAUGGCCAUUCUAGUGUUUCCUCGACCAGUAACUAUCAUGAUGGUGUCCUCAGUCCAGCGGUCCCAUUAGGGCGACCGAGAUCUGCAUACGCCUCACCAGACGCGCCUCGUUUGCAGGAUCUUGAUCUGCAUGGAAGGAGUAGAAAUCCUGCGGAACGCUCUUUCACCGCAAAGAAAGAUCACAAUUCGCGAUCGCCUAUCUCCAAGGCUAGAGUCCGGAGCGCAUACGAGCGCCGGAAGAGGACAGCUACGUCUGAAGAACGUGGAAACGUAGGAAGCCCAGUGAGGAUACGAAGGACAGUCUCUACUAAGGAUCAGCCACGGAAACCGCAAGAAUCGGGGAUGGCUAUAAAUCCUUUAGACAUGGAUGAUACCGGGGCUGUCUUGGCGGAAAACUGGCACGAUGCUGCAACAAAUGCAGUUUCCGCGAAAGCGCUGGAUCGCUCCGGUAACACUCAGGCUGAGCAUCAUAAUGUGACCAAUAAAUCUGAGCGAAGAUUGUCAAAUAGCUCAGCCAGUGGUAUGUUUCUCCAACCGGAAACACACCCCAUCACAGAGGAUCAGUUGGUCAACGAGGUCCGCGGGAUAUAUGCUGGAUUGGUAAUGGUUGAAAAGAAGUGCAUGGAGAUCGAUAAACGGCAGUCUCAAUCACGGGAUGCACUUGACGAUCGUCAAUGGCAAGCAUUGAUUGCUUUGCACCGCACGCUCUUGCAUGAGCAUCAUGAUUUCUUCUUAGCUUCCCAGCAUCCCUCCGCAAGUCUGGGUCUGCGAAGAUUAGCCGAGAGAUAUGCUAUGCCAGCGCGCAUGUGGCGCUAUGGGAUUCACUCAUUUUUGGAGUUACUGCGGCACGGGCUUCCUGAUUCAUUGGAACAUAUGCUGACCUUCAUUUAUAUGGCAUAUUCUAUGAUGACACUCCUCCUCGAAAGUGUGCCAGCCUUCCAGGAUACCUGGAUAGAAUGCCUCGGUGAUCUAGCAAGAUAUCGAAUGGCUGUGGAAGAAGUAGACAUGCGGGAUCGAGAAGUCUGGUCUGGUGUGGCACGGUAUUGGUACAAUAAAGCUGCUGAUAAGAAUCCGGACGUGGGAAGGAUACAACAUCACCUCGCUGUGCUGGCGCGGCCAAAUAUCGUCCAGCAGCUCUUUUACUACACGAAAUCACUUGUCAGCGUACAGCCAUUUCCUAGUGCUAAGGAGAGUAUAUUGCUGCUCUUCAACCCGCUUCUGGAUCGUUCGAGGCCUGUCAGCGAGCGCUAUCCAGCAGCCAUUGCUGCAUUCGUCAGUGCUCAUGCCACAUUGUUUGUCAACGGCUCGAUCCAGCAGUUUAUCGAAUUAUCAGACAAGUUCCUACACUUACUUGACAAUUACAUAGCCCGGAGCGGGACACUUUUCCGCGAGCAUGGCGUACACGUGGUGUGCUCCAAUUAUGCGGCUAUUCUAGAGUAUGGUCAGAAGGAUGCCAUCAUUCCAAUUGAGUUUUCCCCUGAAAGGACGCAGCAUCUGGAUCAACAGGAAGUAUACCAGUCGGCCCGAGAAUUCUGGAAAGCCUCAAACCAUACAAUGCCACGUGAGGCUCCUACCCUUCUCCGGGAAACUGCCUCAACAAAAGCAGACAGCGCAUUCUCCAGUUCAGAAGAAAUUCUCGCCCAUGCAUCUUAUCUAUCGUUUUCAACGUUAGCGGUCAUUCUUCAGCGUCUAGGUGACAAGAACGUGCUUCCAAGUGUCCACGUCUCACUAGCAUUUUUAUGGUGUUUUGCAUUGAAUCCCAGGGCCAUGCUUCAUAUCCAGCAAUACGUGCCUUGGGUACGUAUUGCUAGCUUCCUCAAUACAUUAAUUCGCUCCGAUAUCGACAUGGAAAGAGUUGAGCACGAAGAAUUCCCGCAUCCUGAGCCUGGAAUAGCUGCACAGUUACCUGAAGACUUCCUUAUCCGUGGUCAAAUGUGGAGCCAACUGUACCAUCCAAAAGGCUUCUUUAGCAGCUGUACCGGUGAAGAUGAGGAACGUUCAAUUGAAUUCCCAUCGAUUAUCGUUCCGCGAACGCAUCGGUGCUUGUGGUUAGGAAUGCGCAUCGCGUCGCUCGAGUGCUGGAUUACAUAUAAUCGUGAAACGAGGACCUUUGCGGCGACAGCAUUCGCUUUCGACCUCGAGAACACAAUGAGACAACCAAAUAUGAUUGAUCGGAAAUCGAAAACUUUAUCACCAGAUCCGAAAGACAGAGAUACGAAGAUGACGGACGUGUAGUUGCUCAAUGAGUAGUCAUUCAUAUGCCCUUGAUGACUAGGACAGCUCUAUCAACCAUGAAAGCGUCAGAUAGAGGUACUAACAUCUAGUUUGUCACAGCUAGAACUAUACGCCUCGACUAUCUAUGUAAGGAGUCAUGGUCUGAUCAAUUUACCCUGUAUACCUUUUGGGAUGUGACAGUUAACCAUCAGAUCGAACUCUUCUGAAACAUAUCGAACAGACAUAGCACUGGACUCUAUCCUUUUUUUUUUGUUUCUUAACUACGCACCACUCAAUAUUUAAAAGCAUGAAAGACGCGCAUCCAACGGAUCAAGAGAAACUGUGAUAAAUGAAUAAUCGUAGUAGAGCUUAAAAUGCAGAUAUUUAUAACGUGAAACAUA